ACUUAAUUCUUAAAUUGCAUCUCAUUUUCCUUCUCUCUAAAGCUAUCUCUCUCUCUAAAAUGGGAAACUUAAUGCGUUUAUUUGCAACUUUCUUCCUUGUAGCCAUGCUUCUUUUGGCCACUGGACCAAUGACAAGUGUAGAGGCAAGGCUCUGCGAGUCACAGAGCCACCAUUUCAAGGGGAAAUGUUUUAGCGAUACCAAUUGCGGCUCCGUUUGCAAGUCCGAGGGCUUCACUGGUGGCAAGUGUCGCGGUCUCCGCCAGCGUUGCUUUUGCACCAGAAAUUGUUAAUCUCUUCAGAACUAUCAAAAUAAAGCGUCCACAAUAAAAGCAUGUACUGCAUCUGUUCUUUCCCACUUUUUAAAGUGUGUUUUAUUAUCAAAUAAAAAGACUAGAUAAAUAUGUUGCUUCA